AUGGGGAACUCCCAGAGCAUUUUCGGCCACGCCUGUUUUCUUGCAGCUGUCAGCAAUGAUGCCAGUAGAGUCGCCUUUCGAGGCUCACUUCAAUUACCCCCCGUCUACAAUCUGGACAUUCCAGUUGUUCCGGCUGCUAUUACAUACCCGAAGAGCACCGAUGAGGUUGCGGACAUUGUACGAUGCGCCGUGCAGCACGACUACAAGGUCCAAGCUCGUAGUGGCGGCCACAGCUACGCUAAUCACGGACUUGGUGGGGUCGAUGGCGCUAUCGUCGUUGAUAUGCAGCAUUUUCAGCAUUUCUCGAUGCACCCGUUCACCCACAUCGCGACCAUUGGCUCGGGAACUCUGCUUGGAGACUUGACAACUCGUCUGUAUGAUUCUGGAGGACGCGCUGUCGCCCAUGGCACCUGUCCACAAGUUGGCACUGGUGGCCAUUUGACAAUUGGUGGUCUUGGUCCGAAAUCCCGAGAAUGGGGCAUGGCCUUGGAUCACGUCGAAGAAGCGACAGUUGUUUUGGCCAACUCUUCCAUUGUUCAAGCCUCCAAAGAUCAUAAUGACGAUUUGUUCUUUGCUAUCAAGGGUGCCGCGGCGAGCUUCGGCGUCGUCACCGAGUUCAAGCUUCACACUUAUCCCGCACCGACGGAAGCCUACCAAUAUUCGUUCACUUGGAGUAUAGGCGAUGCACAGGCCAAGGCAGCGGUCUUCAAACAAUGGCAGAAACUGAUCUCGACCGAAACUUUGACUCGGAAAUUUUCAUCGGAGCUCCUGGUCUCAGAAGCUGGGAUCAUCGUCUCUGGUACCUAUUUUGGAUCCCGGGAGGAGUUCGAGUCAUUCAAGUUUGAGAAUCAUUUCCCGGGAAGCACUUCCUCGGUUGGAUUGACCUUGAGUAACUGGCUCGGCAUGGUUGGGAGUCAGGCUGAAGAACUCAUUGAGCGGGUGGUUGGUGGUAUUCCCGCCAACUUCUACUCUAAGUCUCUGCCUUUCACCAACGAGACAAUCAUUCCGGACCACGGUGUCGAUGCAUUAUUCGAGUACAUCGACCAGACUAAGAAGGGUACUCUCGCCUGGUUUAUUAUUUUUGACCUGGAGGGUGGUGCGACCAACGAUGUUCCCACUAAUGCUACUGCGUAUGCUCACCGAAAUGCCUUCAUGUGGAUGCAGUCAUACGCGAUAAGCCUUCUUGGCCCAGUAUCACGAGAGACAAAAGACUUCCUUCAAGGCAUGAAUGACAUUAUUCUUGGCUCGGAACCCCCAACCGCACGCUUCGGUGCAUACCCCGGCUACGUGGAUCCGUACAUGGAGAAUGCUCAGCUCGCCUACUGGGGAAGCAAUCUCCCUCGACUGGAGACCAUCAAGGCGGAAGUUGAUCCCAAGGAUAUUUUUCACAACCCACAGAGUGUUCGGGUCGGUCCAAAGCACCGAUGA